CGAGAGCGAGAGCGUAUUAGCGUAACUCGUUCUCGCCACCCGCACUUUCUCGCUCUAUUCCUUCUCUCUCCAAAUCUUCUGAAGCAAGCCAAAAACUGUAAUAUAUAAAGCGUAUGAGCGUCGUCCUACUUCUAAAGGGCUCUUAGUGUGUGUUUUUGUGUGUGAAAUGGCUGUAUCAAAGCACAACAGGAAGAAGCGUCAGAGUUAUAUUUCAGUGUCUUCUCAAAUUAUCAGCUCAAUUUCACAAUCUUCGCUUGAGUCUUUGCUAGAAUUUCCCAAGAAAAAGCACAUUUCUACUUCAAAGCUAAGGCCUAUUUUGAAGAAUCCAAGAUUCUGGAUUUUCUUGAUUUUUGUACUCUCUUUUCUUUGUAUGUUGAAGAUAUGGUUUACCUUUGAUCCCAUAACUCCUCUUAAGCAGAACCCACUUUUUACUUCUGAAGAAAAGGCAUUUUUAUCAACUGGGCUGUCAAGUUCUCAGCUGAAAAUUAUGGAAAAUGAAAAAACAGACGAUAAAAUUGAGUUUUGGAAACAGCCUGAGGGGAUGCGGUAUAGGCCUUGUUUGGAUUUCAGUGUUAAGUACAGAGAGGAAACUCUUAAAAUUAUGAAGGACAGGACUAAGUAUUUAAUGGUUGUGGUUGCUGGUGGAAUGAAUCAGCAGAGGAAUCAAAUUGUUGAUGCUGUGGUGAUUGCAAGAAUUCUUGGAGCUGCUUUGGUUGUUCCUGUCUUGCAAGUCAAUGUCAUUUGGGGUGAUGAAAGUGAAUUUUCUGAUAUUUUUGACUUGGAUCAUUUCAAGAAUGUUUUGGAGAAUGAUGUUCGAAUAGUUUCAUCACUUCCCUCGACACAUUUGAUGACCAGGCAUAUGGGGGAGAAGACGACCCCUCUUCAUGUUUCUCCCGAAUGGAUUCGCUCUCGCUACCUUAAACGACUUAGAAGAGAUGGUGUAUUACUUUUACGUGGCCUUGAUUCGAGGCUUUCCAAGGAUCUUCCUUCCGAACUUCAAAAGCUUCGAUGCAAGGUGGCUUUUCAUGCAUUGAGAUUCGCCCCACAUGUCCGCAAACUUGGUAACAAGCUUACAGAGAGGAUGAGAAGCAAGGGACCAUAUCUUGCUCUCCAUCUGCGUAUGGAAAAGGACGUAUGGGUGAGGACAGGAUGUCUUCCUGGUCUAAGCCGUGAGUAUGACGCGAUGAUAAAUAAUGAGAGGAAGUCGAGACCGAAGCUCUUGACUUCAAGAAAUAACAUGACCUACCACGAUAGAAAACUUGCCGGCCUCUGCCCCUUAAAUGCCUUGGAGGUCACACGAUUGCUCAAAGCAUUGGGAGCACCACAAAGUACGAGAAUUUAUUGGGCUGGAGGGAUUCCAUUGGGCGGAAAAGAAGCUUUGCGACCUUUGACUAGAGAAUUUCCUCAUUUUUAUAACAAGGAAGACCUUGCCCUGCCGGAAGAGCUCGAACCAUUUGCAAAGAAAGCUUCAUUAAUGGCUGCCAUUGAUCACAUAGUUUCUGAGAAUAGCGACGUAUUCAUGGCAUCUCAUGGUGGAAAUAUGGGCCAUGCCAUUCAGGGGCAGAGGGCCUAUGCAGGGCACAAAAAGACCAUCACACCUAACAAAAGACAGAUGCUUCUAUACUUUAUGAAUUCUUCUCUUCCUGAAGCGGAGUUCAACGACAUUAUAAUGGAUUUGCACCGAGAUUCAUUGGGGCAGCCGGAACUAAGGACUAGCAAAGUAGGAAGGGACGUGACGAAAUAUCCUGUCCCAGAGUGCAUGUGCAAUAAUUCAAUGACACAUUCCUCUUUCUGACUCCUUAUGGUACCACACUUCAUGGAACUAAAUUUGGCAUCCUUUUGAUAAAUAAAGGUCAAGAAGAAAGCUCCAAACAGGAUGUAUUUGACAAAUACCUUGAAAUUCGACAAGGCCUCUAUGUAUCGGCAUUUGCGCAUCUUCCUAGAGGUGUGCUGCCGUUUUGGAUGGCAGGAACUCGCUCCGAGGACACAGAGAAAGUAUAGACAUAAUUGCUUAUCCUCGUGUUUAUUGUCAUCAGUAAAAUUUUGAGACGCCCCGAGUAGAAAUACUGGAAAUGUAUACGUAAUUUUUUUAUUUAGUUGAUUCUUAGUAUUGUAUCUAUAUACAAUGUAAUAUAUUGACACGUAUAGAUUCCUUUAAAAGUCUCUUCCAAUUU